AAUACCUUGAAAUUUUGAAGGGUGUCCAAAAAAAUUCGCCCUAGAUGUCUCGUGAUCGAUGACGUAAAUUUUAACGGUCAGAAAAAAAUGAAAAUCGUCAAAUUUGAAAACAAACAACAUCAAUCGAAAGAGUAUAAAAAACUGAACAAAAAAUGCUUAGAAACAUAUAUCCUAAAAUCAACCAUUUAAAAACCAUCACGUGUCAGAGUAUUGAUGACGUCACCAUAUGCGCAAGUCACAAGUACGGGAAAUUAGUAAUUUUCGCCAUUUUUGGCCUCUUUUAUUGAUACUAUUGUGUAAUAUCCAUGUUGAGAAAAUAUGAGGCCUAAGUGGUUAUGAUGUUACAGUGGAUAUAUAAAGGGUUAAGGCAUAGAGUAGCCCCUAAUGGUUAAGCUAAUCAAUUGCUUGACUUUCGUCUAGUGUGGCACGUUUAUAUUUUCCAAAGUUUUAAAGAUUGAAAUCUCUAUCAUUUACAGGUGUAGAUGAGCUACGCCAAAAUUUUUCAUAUUAUUUGGAAAAGUCUUGCUUAUGUAUAGAGGUGUCUUAGUUCUGGUGGGUAGUUUCCACAAAAUGAGAAUUAUGCAGAAGAUUCUAGACAAGAGGAACGCCUGUUUGAGAUUUCGUCAAUGAUUGUUCGAUGCAAGGGUCAUAUCUGAAAGUUCUGUAGAACUAAUGACAGGCAUAACUAUUGGCCUACGAGAAAGUUUCAAAUUAAACAGGGACAUAAUGUCAAGUAACAAGAUUUUCAACAUGAAGGGCUGAAGAAAGGCCAGAAAAGAUUGCUUUGAAAGUUUUCUUUUUACUGCAACUUUGGAAACAUAAUUAAAUAUGGUCUCAUCUCAGUGGUGGGACAUAUUUUAAUGGCACCUGAACCAAAGGGGCCCUCCAAAUUGCUUCAUGUCAAUAUUGUAAAGUAUUCACGCAACUUCACCCCAUUUCAAUCACUUUUAACUGUCUUCAGCUGAUCACUAUCGCUUAACUGUCUUCUAUAUCUCAGUAACUCUAGUAAACAAGAGAGUAUAUAUUUUCACAUCUUCCUAAUUGUGUUUCACGUGAAUGUUGAAAAGAACUUUCUUGCAUUCCAUCAUUUCUAGCAGAGGCGCAUUCCGUCAUUUUGGACACAGAAUAUUGACUAUUUCAUUUGAUCGUGCUACUUUCUUUUGUUUUGCAUGACAAUUGUCACCAAAUCAAUAACUAAAGCAUUAUUGGUACGGUAACUGAACCUGUAAGGCCCCACUUGUCUUUUUCUUUCCUUAGUCAAAACUGCAAUGACUAAAUUUCCAUAAACAGUUGAAAAAGUCAACCAGGGCAAACUUCCUCUCUUGCUUCAUCUUCCCGAAGUGCACGCACAUGUUGAAAAUUAUGUUACUUGACAUUAUGUCCCUGUUUAAUUUGAAGUUUUCUUAAUUGGCGUGAGAAUAUCGGGUUUGACAAACAUUAUCAUAUUUGCAAUGCGAAUAGGGCCUUGGAUUUCCUUAAAUAUGAAAAAAAAUCAUCUUAUUUGAGCAUUCGUGCCUUGGGACCCUAUCUCUCCCUCAAUUUUGUUGUAGGACUCGAUAUUAUUAUAAUUUAUGUGUUUAUUCCUAACCUGGUUUCAAUAAUAUAUGAAUAAAUCUCAUGUUCAUUUUUUUGAGUCAGUUAAUAAUUUCAAUGUGAGUUGCAAGCUAUUUCUUGCUAACGCAUUCACACUCAUAAAGCCCUAUUAUACUUUCUUACUUUAAGAGAUAGCUAUUUUUAAAUACCAAUUGGCCGUAGAUAUACAUCGGAUAAACAAAAAUUGGAAACUUCAAAAAUAAAACUUUUAGAAAAAAUACCUUUGGACAAAAACUUUCGAAUGAAUUUUCGAGAAUUUCUGAUUUCUUGAUAAAUUUUAUUUUGAUAAAUCACGGGAGAAUCAGAUCUAUAGGUUAACAAAUCAAGCCUUUCAAUAUUUUCGUAAAAAGUGAGACAUGGCGUUUACAAAAACAGUUUUUAGGCCACGAGCCUCAAAAUUUUCCAGUUCUAGAAAAAGUUGCGAGGAAAUUGAGGCUUAUGUACUGUAAAAGUUUAGAAUAUAAAAAAACGAAGUUGAAAAUAAAUCUUUAAGAUGGGGUAAAUAUUUUGCUAAUGUUAUUGAAAAAACAAUGCUUGCAUAAUACGUGGUCAACUUUUCUUCUGCAAUCAAAUAUUGUCUCAUGUCUAAGUUUACACCACGGUAUUGAGUCUAAUUCAAGAUGGAGUGUAGCUUUUCUGCUCAUACUGCACUGUAGGUGUGUCGUCUUGAUUUUCUUCUCUAUCCAACCUUACCUUCCAUGACAUUUAGGAAUAAGACUAAUUACAAAAAUGAUUUGUAUUUAUUGUUUGAGUUUAAGGAGGUCAACUUGCAGAUCUUCCUACACAUUUACAAAAUAAACACAAAGCGUGCUUGACUGCCAAUGCAAACUAUUUCCCUCUGUUUACCAUCUAAAGCCUUUCAACUAUUUAUGACUGUUUGCUCUUAUCACACCUUCAGCGAUUUUCUCGUCGUUUUACUCAUUGAUUAUUUUAAGCUUUCUUUUGAUUCAUGUCCGCGUAUUUAUUCCGCCUGCGAACGUAAUUGGCCCAAGGAAGAUUUCUGUGUCCGCUUAAUCAGUGAGAGUGAAUCCAUCAAGGUAUCAGACAUUCGAGAAAGACGUUUUUUUGCAAAUCCAUACUCGCGGCAAAUGAAAGAAAGCAAAGUAUUUACUAUUUACAGUUUUCUUGAUAGUCAGGAAAUGGGCUGAAUAAUAGUAAAGAUGUGAGCGUACUCAUUUUGUUGGCGAGAUUAUAAUAAAGUUACGCAAAACAUAUUAAAAGUCUAUAACAAAAGAAAGCUAAUUGUCAAAAGUUUCAUUCAACUACAUGUCAAUAAAAAAUGGUAAAUAUAAUUGAUAAGAUCCUGUUGGCUGUUGAUCGCAUUUAGGGUGAAGCCCUGAACAGCAAUUUUAUUCACAAAAGCGUGUACAGCUCCACCUUUAUAACACCGCAUCGAGCAUUUUGUGACAGACCGUUAAACAGUUAAUUUAUACCAUUUCUCGUAAUAGAUUAGUGCUUGCGAACCAUUUAUCGUAACAGAUCAAAUCCUGCGAACCAUUUCUCGUAACAGGUCAGAUCUUGCGAACCAUUUCUCGUAACAGAUCAGAUCUUGCGAACCAUUUCUCGUAACAGACCCAUUCUUGCGAACUUUGUAGGUAUUCUACUAGAUAUAGGCAAGUGAAUGCGUCAACCUAAUUCAAAGGGGAUCUUUUGCAUCCAAUACAAACUUUCUACUUCCUUGGCAUUGAUUUAGGAAAUGACUAGAGUGAGAAAGUCAAUUAAAUUUCCGUGGUCAUUUCGAAGCCCAAUAUGAAAUGCACAUCACCCACACCCCAUGAUGCCCUCUCUGGUGGGUCUAUCUAUCCUUUAAAGACACUUAAAAUAUUUAACGGCUUUUUCUUUUACCCUUACUUGUGCCUGAACCAAAUUCUAUUUCACGAAUGCUACACUCACGAAUGCAAAAAUUUUCUAAGCGUUUUUUUCUAUUCGGACAAAACGAUUGAGAAUGGCAAUAGGCAAUAGCAAGAUAGAAUAAGGAACUAAGAUAUUCCAACUAAUAUAAACUUGUCUGAUUUGCACACUUUGUCUAGGCAAUUUUUUUCGUUUCCCUGUUUUUUUGAUUUGUCAACAAAGCACCUGAUUCUAUCUUGGCAAUAGGAGCUCGUGUCUUCUUAAUAAAGAAUUCAUAAGGGCGUUUAUUUGUUUGAUUUUGGUCAAUGAAUAAGAUUAGAAAUGUUUAGAUGUUAAACUGUUGGCUUUUGUUAGUUUGCAAAGAUUCCUAACAUGCUUAUUGAGGUGAAGUACGAUCCAUAUUAGGCUCAGAUGUCUUCAUCAUUAGAGCUCUUUUCCCUGUUUAUGCUUGAUCUUACAAAUAAAGCUCUAGGAACCAAAUUACACAGAACGUGAUAGAUUGUUUAGCUACAACUCUCUUAGAAAUGCCUGCUUUUCUUCAUGUUUAGUAAGUUUCACAAGAUUGAAACAAUGUUUGAAAAUUGAAAGCAACGGCAGUAGGAUAGUUUCUUUUGACCACCUUAUAUCUGUAUGAAUUCGCCUUAUUAGGAUUGUUUUUCAGCAAUCGUUUUUCCUUCUUCCCCAGGACCAUGACAUCUAAUCCUAUAAAUAUUUAUGAUGCGGCUUUGUUGAAGCAAAGGCAGAUGCUGACUGUAAUUAACAUCAGUGUGUCCUCAUAUAUUUUCUCAAUCUAGAAUAAUCAACAUUCUGCUGCCGCAUGGAACGCGAUUUUCAGUACUAAAAUGAAGUUUGUAAUGUUUCUAUUGAGUUGCUUGUGCUCUGGUACAACAUUCGCCAUGAAUCAGCGAUCGAAAUUUGACAAUUCGAUUUGGAUGGAUUCAAAUCAGCAAUACAGAUUUGAUUGGAGCAUCGAUCGGGCUCAAAAAGUAAUUCGCAUAGCUGUUACAGUUAAAACGACAGGAUGGAUUGGUUUAGGUGUUUCAAAUGGGCAUCAUAUGGGUACAACUCGAGCUGAUGUUGCAUUCGGUUGGAUCAAUUUGAACGGUGAAGUUGCUUUGAAAGAUUGUUACGUGGACUGGCAGGGCAAGUUCUUGGAAGAUGAAAAACAGGACCUUCAGUUGAUCGACGCUUGGCAAGAUGAUGCGUGGAGUGUUAUGAUUUUUCAACUAAAGAUUGUCACGUGUGACGACAACGAUCUAGAUUUCAAGGAUGACACGAUGACUUUUCUAUACUCAUGGGGUUUGGAGACUCCCGUUUGGAAAACAUGCUCCGAUCUUUCGAAAGUCAAAUGGAAUUUUAAGAAUAUCAACAUAUUAAGAAGCAACAGGAGGAAUUCUGAAGUUCCACCAGAGGUGAAAUUGCUUGACAUUGAAACGAAGAAGAUAUCAGUCCCAACAAGAAAAACAACAUAUUGGUGUCAACCAUUUAGAAUCAGUGAUUACGCCCGGCUACCUUAUCUACAACACAUCUUCAAGAUCAAGCCUAUGAUAACCGAAGGCCAUACACCAUUAUUGCAUCACAUGUCUCUAUUUGCUUGCAAAGACAGCUUCAAUCCACGUCAUCUUUCUUACUCCGGCCUCUGUUUUGGUCCAGAUGUGCCUUCGUCGGUACGAGACUGUCAUGGAAUGAGCGGACUAUACUCCUGGGGAAGAGGCGCGGAGGACUUAGUUUUUCCAGAAAAUGUUGGAUGGCCAAUUGGAGGAAAAGACGGUAUAAAAUACAUUGUUUUGGAGGUGCAUAUUAACAACCCAAGCAGAGAAAAAGGCUAUGCAGUCAAAGGUGGGUUCAGGCUAUUUUACGGACAACCAAGGCAAUACACAGCUUCUAUGCUUACUUUGGGCGUAAGCGAUUCAAGUAUAUCCAUACCACCACAGAAAAAGAAAUGGACCUUGAAAGGAGUUUGUACCAAAAGCUGCACCAAGAAGUUACAGGAGAAUAAUGAUCCAAAUGCUUUUGGAAGUAUCAAGCUUUUCGGCGUAUUGCUGCAUGCUCACAAGAAUGCAGUUGAAAUUCGAGUAGCACUGGUGCGAAAUGGUGAAGAAGUCAAAGAAAUAUCACGCUUCAACAAUUUCAAAUAUUUCCAACAGAGGAUUGCCCCAAUGGAUCCUGAAGUUGAGAUACAACCUGGAGAUGAAAUAAAUCUCUACUGCACUUACAACACUUUGCACAAGAGAGAAACAACUCACGGUGGAAUGGGUAGUGACGAUGAAAUGUGCUUUGCCUUCUUCCUGUAUUAUCCAAAACGCAACCUCUCUUUUUGUGGCACUGAUGCUAUUCCUCUGCCUUCAAUAGGAAGCAGAUCAUUGUUUAAGAGAAGUUUUUGGAAAAGAAUGCUCCUGGAAAGAUAUGAGAACAAUUCAAGAUCUCCGUACGAUCUUUUUGCCAGCGUCAGCCAGCAGUGUUUUGGAAUAAACAGUAUCAAUUAUAAUCUGCCACGUGCAUGGGUGCCUGUCCUGGUGAAAAAAAGACUGUCUAAAGCAAUUUGCCCAAACAGACAACUGAUAGCACAUUAGCCGACGAUCAAACUUCUGGCCCUAACUUCUGAAGUUCUUGAAGAAUGAAAUCUUUAAAGGGUAUACAAAACAUGAUCAAUUUCUCAAGUGCCUUUUUCCAUCAUUUUUAAAGAAUUUAAUUGAUUUUUUCUGCGUGUGUUUCGUGUGUCCGUAGCCUUGCUUUGCCUUACGUUCUAAGCCACUGUGUCAUUAAAAAUUCCCGGCUAGGCAUUUAACUAUUGGCAAAGUUUAUCCCCGACAAAAGAAGGUACUUCUGGAGCAAAAAUGCUUAAAAUAAAGAGAAGUCAAGUAUGCUGCACUAAAUUCGAACAGAUGCAAAAAAAAUUGAUGCGGUCGCAAAGAACCUAGGCAAUCUAUUACUUAAAUUUCUCUGCCACAUGUUAUAUAUUUGGCACGGUAACUAUCUUAUGAUGUAAUCGUCCGCAAUCGAAGAUGGACACAUGAUAAUAUUUGGGUUGAAUUUACAUGAUACUAUUUAGGUACUACAAUAAAUACAAAAAAAUUAGAAAAAUUGCUCUAUCAACUAACCUAAUUGAUAGCAAAGUCGAACGCUGUCUUCUAAAGAAAAUACAAAGACCUUA